AUGAAUCAUCAUCGGGAGCCUGCCUAUGACCCUCAAUCCCUCAUCGCCCGUGUAGGAGGCAUCUGGGCUGGUGCAGAACUUCAGCACACUUUUCAGAAUGAAGUCGCCGCCCUCCUCGGUCGCAGCAACCGUUCCUUUCCCGGCGCUCAACCCGUCUCCUUUGCUGGCAAGCAUCUUCAAGAGUUGAAAAAGCAGGAUUACUAUGUCUGUGAAAAAACCGAUGGGUUGCGCUACUUGAUGUAUCUCACCGAGGAUAAGGGCCACGGCAUACACUAUCUCAUCGAUCGCAAAAACGACUACUAUUAUGUGCCCAACCUCUAUUUUCCCCACCACGAUGACAAGGCUCCCAACAAAUUCCACACUGGCACAAUCCUUGAUGGCGAGUUGGUAGAAGACAAGUUCCCCGAUCGAGACUCAGUCACAAAGUACCUGGUUUUCGACUGUCUAGUUCUGGAUAAUAACACCCUUCUACAGCGACCCCUCGACAAACGCUUAGGUUAUUUCAAAGCCCAUGUCCUUGAACCUUACAAUGCCUAUUUCAAGUCCCUCCCCGAUCCACACAAACGCCCAUUUGUGGUUGAAGAUAAAUCCACCGAGUUUAGCUAUGGCCUGGAAAAAAUGUUUAAGGAGAUCAUACCGCGCGUCAAACAACUCCACGGCAAUGACGGACUGAUCUUUACCUGCAAGAACACGCCCUACAAGUCGGGCACCGACGAGCACAUACUUAAGUGGAAACCGCCGUCCGAGAAUACUGUCGACUUUCUCAUGCACAUUGAUUGGCCACUGUACGUUCCUGAUCCCGAUGAUCCAGACCAAUCUCGACAGCCCGACUACCACGCCUUCCCAUCCCAAUUCGGCCUUUACAUCAACCACGGUAACGACAAGUACGCGUACAUUGACGAUAUGUUCGUGACGCCCGAAGAGUGGGAGGAGUGGAAGUCCCUCAACCGGCCCCUUCAGGACUCAAUCGUCGAAUGUUUCCAAGAGGAUGUUCUGAGAGACAAGUCUCCCUUGAACGGCACGACUACGAACGGUGAUGCAGCCUAUUCAUCCGGCAAUACUCGGCGUUGGCGUUUCCAUCGUUUCCGAGACGACAAGACUGAUGCAAAUCAUAUUAGUACGUAUGAGAGCGUCAUCCAGUCGAUUCAUGAUCACGUCACGGAAGAAGAUCUGCUCGCAAAUGCAGAAGGAAUCCGCUCGGCUUGGAAGAUAAGGGAUGCCGCUGCGAGGCAGAAGCGGUCUGUGGGCGCUAAGCAAUGA